UCAACUGGAAGGUUCGCUGAUUCUCUCUAUCAGAUCAGAAAAGGGCAAAAAAAAAACUUAACCGGAAGCGCCGUAUCCCUCUCGUCGGCAGCGGCGCGGCGGCGAGACGAGCCGAGGGCGCCAGGCGGAGCCAUUGGACCCGGCUUCAUCCACCGGAGCUUGCCUGCAUGUAAACUUGUCAUGGCUAUAGUAUGUAGUGUAAAGCAGAUGGAAGCGAGUCAGCAACAAGGAUUUGGAGUUGAACAGAAGUCAGGACCAGAGCAAACAGAUGAGAUGCUAGCAUCACAGGUUAACCAAAAGUUCACGGAAAUGUGCCUAGACGACACUGCUGUGGAAGCUGGCAUUGUUCAAGAAAAGCAAGAUAAUCCAGAGGCAAGAUUGGAGGUUCAUGAAAAGUUUGCUGAAAUGUGCCUAGACACUGCUGUGGGAACUGAUAUUAACCAAGAAAAGCAAUCUGAUCAGGAGGCAAGAUCGGAGGCUGAUCAAAAGCCUGCAGAAACUAUCAGGCAGUGCACAGUUGUGGAAGCCAAUGUUAAGCCAGAAGAGCAGGCUGCUGCUAAUCCAGGUGUCAUUUACCGCUGCAAAAAGUGCCGGAGGAUGGUAGCAACACAAGAGUGCGUCGUCAUGCACGAAGUAGGCCUGGGAGAGGCAGGCUUCUUAAAGCGCAGAAACGAUGCGGGUGAGAAGAAGCCUGAAUGCAGUGCCUGCAUCUUCGUGGAGCCCAUGAAGUGGAUGCAGGCUGUGGAAGAGGGGUACGUUUCGAACAAGCUGUGGUGCAUGGGAUGCAAGACCCGGCUGGGAUCGUUCGACUGGGCAGGUAUGCAGUGCUGCUGCGGAGCGUGGGUGAUCCCGGCUUUCCAGCUGCUCAAAAGCAGGAUCGACGAGUCUCACAUGUGAUUUUACUCGGCCAAGUGGCCUUGCCGUUGCUUGGCGAGUUAGUGGUUAGCGGUGAUACUGCAGCAGCAUAUGUAGGAACUAGGAACUAAUACUGUCAGAUUUGUUUCUCUGUAUAAAGCGCGCUUAUCUUGUCCACCACAUCAGCUUUGUCCAGCGUCUGUUUUGAUUGACGGUUCUUAACUAGUGUACUUCCUUUGUCUCAAAAAAGAAACCUAUAAAAUUUCUGUCAAGUCAAA